AUGUCGAAUACUAUCAGUCAAACAAACAUCCUCUCUCUGCAUCAUCAAAACCAAGAUGCAAACUCCAUCUCUGAUAUUCUUACUCCUCCUCCCUACACGCUUGAUGAAGAGAGACAGGACCAUGUGUCUGACGAUGAGAAACGAUUAAGAGCCAUAUGCCCAGAUGCCGAUGAUUGUCAAAAUGGCAAUGCACCUCAAGCUCCUGUUCCAAAUCAAGCCGUCUUCAAGGAAGAGUUUUAUGAAAGCAGGCCGUACCAUCAACGGCGAGUGUGCUGUUUGUCCUUAUUCUGGUUUGCCGUGAUUUGCGAUAUCUGCGCAACUGUUGUGGCGUUACUGGGCACUAUGGGCGCUACUCUCCAGUGCAGAGCGCGUUGUGUGGAUAACUGCUAUGACAUUUGCAACCCCAAGUCUGAAAAGGGUCUUAUUGCAAGCUUGGUGAUUUUUGUCAUUUUGAGUAGUGCCAUUCUUGUGUUUAAAGUAUCAUGUUGUUGUAGAGGACGCAAGACGAAAUUGCAGCAUGGUACUGAUGAUCCACCUGCUAGCAAAUAG